AUGAGCGUCCAUUCUAUCGACUACGCGCAGCGCCGGACGAAUCACCCCGAAUCCCUACCGGACAUCGACCUUGAAAAUGGUGCCCACUCGCCGAUGUCGCCCGGCUCCCCCGUUUCGCCAACUCGAAGAGACACCCAGGCGCAAGACGCGUUCAGCACCGCCACGCGAGUCACCUCGGCUGACACAGCAACAAAACGUCGCACACGCCGCUCCAAUACAGCCCGUUCAUAUCUACCGGAGGGAUUUCCUGGGCUUGCGCAGGAUAUCAAUUGGCAGCCGGGAGCAGAGCCGGGGAUCGAUCCCUCCAAGCCACUUCCUUCUUACACUUCCGAAUGGGCGUCAAAUCUGCCAGGGGAUCACCAGCAGGACUGCGGAAUUACCGUCGUUGAUUUUUCACAGCAUGAAAUGAGAAAGUAUGAGUUGGACAACGGUACUCUCCAGCAAUUCCUGGCACGAGAGCGAGAAUCCUGGGUCCAAUGCCGGUGGAUUAACGUGAAUGGCCUAAGCUGGGAUGUCAUUCAGAUCUUGGGAAACCACAAGAGACUGCAUCGCUUGGCGAUUGAGGAUCUGGUCCACAAUACGAACCGAACAAAGGUCGACUGGUACUCCGAUCAUGCAUUCAUCGUGUUGACUCUGCAAAAGCUGGUCAAGAUGCAAGAAGCAGACCCCGACUCCGAUUCCGAUGAUGAACAGUCGCCACAUGGAACUAGGCAGAGAGAAAGGAAGCCGUCAAUCGAGAGUGACAAGAGCUCCAUAUCUUUGCGACGCCAGACUAAGCGAGGUCUUGUCUGGGAGGCCCUGAAGGAUAUCUUCAGAACAAAGCGUCCCCCCCAGCCCCCGGGAGAAAACGACAGUGGGGUCUCGCUUUUCUUGCAUGCUGACAACACGGUCACAUCGUUUUUCGAAACUAGUGCCGAUGAUAUCGAGGCCCCUAUUGUCCGUCGUUUGAGCUCCCCGGAGACCAUGCUUAGGCAGUCGUCUGACGCAAGUAUGCUUUUACAAGCUAUCCUAGACGCAGUGAUCGAUCUCGCCAUACCUGUGACGAUGGCAUACCAGGAUGCGAUUGGCGAUCUAGAGCUGGAAGUUCUGACGAACCCGGAUAUCGAUCAAUCCAAGAGUCUGUACAUCUUGACAUCGGAAAUCGCUGUUCUGCGCAACUCUAUGCAGCCUAUUGUUGCUGUUAUCAAUGCUCUUCGUGACCACCGGUCUCAGCCAGUCGGAACUCCUGGCUUCGGCGUCAAGCGUAACGGGUACUUUAGUUCCCAUGGCGCGUCUGACCCUGUGGAGCCCCAAAUAGAAAUUGCCCCACCGAACUUGAAGGGCAUAGGAGGCACUAGCGUCACUAUCAGCCCCAUGUGUCAUACAUAUCUGGGAGAUGCCCUAGAUCAUUGUAUCACCAUGGUUGAAGGAUACGACCAAAUGCGUCGUGCAGCCGAUAACAUGAUCGACCUUAUAUUCAAUACCAUCGGUGCUAACCAGAAUGAGAGUAUGAAGCAGCUAACCCUCGUCACUUGUCUAUACCUUCCAAUGACAUUUCUCACGGGCUACUUCGGAAUGAACUUCACAGAUUUUGCUGGUAUCAAACAUAGCGAUGCUUACUUCUGGCAAAUUGCCAUCCCGUUCAUCUUCGUUACAACCUGCUUCUUGAUGUUUGUGCUUCCAGGGCUUUCCAGCAGAAUUCCCAGGCUAACCCUCUCCUUCUAG